AUGUUGUUAAAAGAAUGCGGAGCAGAGUUGAUCAGGGUUGCCAAUCAGGAAACCAGAGGUAUAAUCUUUUUUUAUAUCAAUUGUAGUAUGUUUUUUGAUUACGUUGUUGUCUAUUAAUAAACUAUAGGCCUAAAAGAACAGAUUGCUUAAGCAAUGCUGAUUUUUAAAAACUAUUCAUUUCAGAUGUUAUUACCGGGCUUCGACAAAUAAUUUUGGAAGAUUGUGACAAUAUCAGCGAUUUAAUGAAAUUUAUGAUUAAAAGGUUUAUGUUGGAGAAAGAAGGAAUAUUCAAUAAGUUUCCGAUUAUCAUGGAUACGUUGGAUUUAGUGCACCCAAGGGCUCAAGUAAAACACCGUGUGUACAUGAUGCAAGCAGAACAAUACGAGGAUACAGACAGUGAUUCAGACAUGUCAUGUGCUUCCUGGGGUAGCACUAAAGCAUGA